GCAUUGGCUUUCUGAGCCGUCACGCGCCCCCUGCUGGAGAACUUGUUAAUGUCAGAAACAUUCACUGUGCUAACCCAAAGGUUGUAAUUCGGCUUUUAGAAAUAAAGUUUUUCUUCUGUCCAAGAAACUGUCAUGGCUGCGCCCAUGCCUAACGAUCAUAGCUGGUUUUUUGCUUUGGCUCUUGGAGUUUCAUUUCUCAAAUGUCUUUUGAUAAAUGCCUACCACUCUACGGACUUUGAAGUACAUAGGAACUGGCUUGCCCUGACUCACAGUCUGCCAGUAUCACAGUGGUAUUAUGAGGCUACAUCUGAGUGGACAUUGGAUUAUCCUCCUCUGUUUGCUUGGUUUGAAUAUGGACUUUCUCAUAUUGCCCAAUUUUUUGAUAAGGAGAUGCUGGUUGUUCAGAAUCUGAAUUAUGCAAGUCCAGCCACAGUCCUGUUCCAAAGGCUGUCCGUCAUUGUAGCUGAUGUGGUCUUGAUUCAUGCAGUUAAAGAAUGCUGCAAAUGUUUGCGAGAUGACAAAGGAAAGGAUCUUCUGGGAAAGCCAUGUUUCAUCCUGACAGGGUUGUUGCUGUGGAACUUUGGCCUUCUAAUUGUUGAUCAUAUUCACUUUCAGUAUAAUGGCUUCCUGUUUGGUGUUCUACUUCUAUCAAUAGCAAGACAUUUCCAGAAUAGACACUUAGAAGGGGCUUUGCUGUUUUCAAUACUUCUAAACUUGAAGCAUAUAUAUCUAUACAUCGCACCUGCAUACGGUAUCUUCCUGCUGAGAUGUUUUUGUUUCACCCAGAACAAUCCAGAUGGGUCUUUGCAGUGGAGAAGUUUCAGUGUCUUGCGACUGGUAGCACUAGGAACUAUUGUCUUGUCUACUUUUGCAGUGUCAUUUGGACCUUUUAUAGCACUGGGUCAGCUUCCACAAGUCCUGUCACGACUCUUCCCCUUCAAGCGUGGUCUGUGUCAUGCGUACUGGGCACCAAACAUCUGGGCGCUUUACAAUAUAGCAGAUAAAGCUUUUUCCAUUCUGGGUGUGAAAUUGAAACUGCUUGACAUCAGCAAACUUCCCAAGGCCUCAAUGACUGGUGGUCUGGUUCAAGAGUUCCAGCACUCUGUGCUUCCUUCAGUCUCUCCUUUAGCAACACUUGCUUGUACAUUACUGUCAGUAUUGCCUGCUCUUUUCAGGAUAUGGCAUAGACCUAAUGGAGCUAGAGGAUUCUUGCGCUGCCUUGUCGUUUGUGCCCUUGGAUCCUUUAUGUUUGGUUGGCACGUACAUGAGAAAGCCAUCCUGAUGGCCAUACUUCCUUUAAGUUUGCUUGCUGUGGAGAGUAGAGAAGAUGCCAGGACUUUUCUUAUCCUCAGUAUAACUGGCCAUUAUUCCCUAUUUCCACUCCUCUUCACAACCCAAGAGUUGCCCAUUAAAAUAUUUCUCAUGUUGCUGUUUACAAUCUUCAGUUUAACUUCCAUAAAAACGCUGUUCAGCAAGGGCGGGGCUUUGUUGAACCCGCUGGAAGCCACGUAUCUCUUGGGCCUGAUUCCUCUGGAGCUCAUCUGUGAGUUUGUUUACCCGCUGACAGUCUGGCAGAAGACGUUCCCCUUCCUCCCUCUGAUGUUCACCUCAGUUUACUGUGCGCUGGGAGUGGCAUAUGCCUUCAUCAGACUAUAUAUUUCAUUGCUGACAUGUUCAGACACCACUAAACGGUUGAAAACGCAGUGAAUCAUGUGUUUCAGAGGCUAAGCUUAAUAUCUAGAAACUGGUUAUUUCUGUUUAAUUGGACAAAAAUUUUCGUUGGACCAAAAUGAAAGAUUUGUAGAUAUCUAGGGAUUUGUUUGGUGGAUGGCUUGUGGGAUAUGAGUAUCUCGGGACUCAGUUGUUUAUUACUUUAUAGAAUGUAGACUAUGGAUACAAAUGUUUAUUUUUUAAGGUGUUUCUAUACAUUUUUUUGCUCAGUAAACUUGCCUAAACCUGCAGUGUUUUUGUUAACUAAAACAAAAACUUAAUAUCUUAAAAUAUAAAUAUUAGAUGAAAAACUUAAAAUCCGAUGGCUCAGUGAGUUUAUCAAAAAUAUCUUAAUUUGUGUUCCGAAGAUGAACGAAGGUCUUACGGGGUGUGGAACAGCAUGAGGGUGAGUAAUUAAUGACUGAAUUUUCAUUUUUUGGGUGAACUAACCCUUUAAGAAAAAAAAUUCACCCAUUUCUUAUUGUCUCUGAUAAAAUUAAACAGUGGUUUGAAUAAACAAUUUUAUUAAUAAGGCAUCGUAAAUAUUUCAUACCAGAUGGCAUACUAUCUGAUUGUUUCUAAGGACAGGAAGUCAAUACCUCAUUCAAGUACUUGAUGUUUUUUUACCUGAAAUAUUUCUAACGUGAAAAAGGUCAAAUACAGAGAAUCAUCACUGGAGGCAAGUGUACAGUGCAGAGUAUGAAAACAUGAGCAUCUCAAAGCUUUAAAUUUGUGGCUUCCAUUAAAAAACAUAAUUUAGAAAA